AUUGGACUUUUUUAUUCUGAAUCGGUCACAUGAUAUCAUUCCACAAUUCCCUGCUUAAUAAUACUACAGACGGACCUGCACCGAUUUUUCAAUGGGAAAUGGCAAUGCGGUUGAAGGAAGGAACCUGUCUUGGAGAAGGAGAAUUCUCAAGCCGCCAUUAAUAUUGAUUACCAGACGAGACUCCGUCUCUGGCUUAAAAGUCUGUGGGAACACCAAAAGAAGCUUGGGUCAGGGUGCUCUGCCAACUUUAACCCAGAAAUUCCCCGUGUGCUUGACAUUGAGCUCUUGCACGAUAUUCUACACGAAGAUGUCGUUUGCAGUGUUAGGUUCGGCCAUGACGGAAAAUAUGUUGCUACUGGCAGCAAUCGAGUUGCACAGGCCUUCGAUGUUACUACUGGACAGGAAAUUGGUUAUUUCCGAUUGCAAGAUGAUAAUCCUGCAGUUGAUAGUAAUUAUGUUAGAAGUGUUUGCUUUAGCCCCGAUGGAAGAUAUCUUGCUACUGCCAUGGAAGAUAAGUUGAUUAGAGUGAGAAAUAAUGUCGACGUCUAGAUGUCAUUACUGACGAUCAUAGAUUUGGGAUAUUGCUUCUAGAAGUAUUAAAAGUAUCCUCGCUGGUCAUGAGCAAGACAUUUAUUCGCUCGACCUUGCUUGCGAUGGUCGUACCAUUGCUUCUGGCAGUGGUGAUAGAACUGCCAGACUUUGGGAUAUUGAAACCAGUUCAGAAACUUUGGUAUUGCAAAGUGAGGAUGGCAUUGCAUCUGUUGCUAUUUCUCCAGAUGCCAAGUACGUUGCUGCUGGUUGUCUGGAUAACCUUAUUCGUAUUUGGGAUGCUGUUUCUGGAGACUUGGUCGUACUUUUUAAGGGUCAUAAGGAUGCUGUAUUCUCUGUUGCUUUUGCGCCCAACAACAAACAUCUCGUAUCCGCUAGUUUAGAUAAAACGACCAAGAUGUGGGAGCUUGCUCCUCGAAAAGGCGAACAUCCUAAUAACACUUCUGAAAGUAGUCGCUGUAUCAAAACCUUCGAGGGCCACAAGGUAAAUAAUCUUCCUAGCUCUUUCUUUCUUGUAAUAACAUGAAUCAGAAAUUCGCUCUCUCUGCCACUUUUACACCCGAUGGGAAAUGGAUUCUCUCCGGCUCCAAGGACAAUGAAAUCCAGUUCUGGAAUGUAGAAACGGGCGAAUCGCAGCUCACAUUACAAGGUCACAAGAAUUCCAUCAUCAGCGUUGCGGCGAGCCCAAGGGGAGGUUGCUUCGCGAGUGCUAGUGGAGAUAAUUCGAUGAAGAUCUGGAGUUAUAAGAUGAUAUAGUUGGGGGGAUAGGAGUAAUAUAUGAUGUGGAUUCUUAUAAUGCCCAUUAUAGUGGGGUGUAUGGUAUUUGGAUAUUUAUUAAAGUGUGUA